GUUUAUGAUCGAGAAGUGCCUGUGUACGGUUACUGUUACCAGAAAGUGCAACGUGGGGGCUCUUGGAUGAAAUCUUUUUUUUCCUUCGAAUACGCAAGAUCCCAGCCCUUACAAGUGGAUGAAGAUACCUCACUUGUCUGACUUUGCCAGUUGUUUGGUUUCCAAAUUUAAAAGAGUGGAGGGAAAGAAGUAGCCCAUCCUGCUAAACUUUGACCUCUGAGUGGCUUCUUAUAAACCUGCAUAGUCAAGACUUAAGCAUCCCAACUGAAUUCUGUCUCAAGAAGUGCCAUGAUCCUGAAGUCACUUUAUUAUGAAACAGUUUGAUCUGCAAACGAGUCAAGACUCUCCGACUCUGGCAGCCAGCAAUGACACUCAGUGAGCUUUUAUUGCGGCCCACAGUCUUCAAUUGGGACAUAUUGAUCGAUGAGUGACACCUGCCGAUAAAUUCACGACUCACGCUGCUCAGCGGGCUGGACUUCAUUAAAGCAACUUGUCACUUCCCUUGAGACUUACAUGUGGGAUUUGUCACAGCACUAGUUUGGGGAUUUUUGGAAGUUGGAUUGAUAUCAUCAUUUAAGAGACUCUCACAGGACCCCCACUGUUUUUCCAUCAUGGCCUUGAACGUUGCCCCCGUCAGAGACACUAAAUGGCUGACGUUGGAAGUGUGCAGGCAGUUUCAGAGGGGAACCUGCUCGCGCUCCGAUGAGGAAUGCAAAUUUGCUCACCCCCCAAAAAGCUGCCAGGUUGAAAAUGGAAGAGUAAUCGCCUGCUUUGAUUCCUUAAAGGGCCGUUGUUCAAGAGAAAACUGCAAGUAUCUUCACCCUCCAACACAUUUAAAAACUCAACUAGAAAUUAAUGGGAGGAACAAUUUGAUCCAGCAAAAAACUGCAGCAGCCAUGCUUGCCCAGCAGAUGCAAUUCAUGUUUCCAGGAACCCCACUUCAUCCAGUGCCCACCUUUCCUGUAGGUCCUGCCAUCGGGACAAACACAGCUAUUAGCUUUGCUCCUUACUUAGCACCUGUCACCCCUGGAGUUGGGUUAGUCCCAACGGAAAUUCUACCCACCACACCUGUUAUUGUCCCUGGAAGCCCACCUGUCACUGUCCCGGGCUCAACUGCGACUCAGAAACUUCUCAGGACUGACAAGCUGGAGGUAUGCAGGGAGUUCCAGCGAGGCAACUGCGCCCGGGGGGAGACCGACUGCCGCUUCGCACACCCUGCAGACAGCACCAUGAUCGACACGAACGACAACACCGUAACCGUUUGUAUGGAUUACAUAAAGGGGCGUUGCAUGAGGGAGAAAUGCAAAUAUUUUCACCCUCCUGCACACUUGCAGGCCAAAAUCAAAGCUGCCCAGCACCAAGCCAGCCAAGCUGCAGUGGCUGCCCAGGCGGCUGCAGCUGCGGCCACAGUCAUGGCCUUCCCUCCUGGUGCUCUACACCCUUUACCAAAGAGACAAGCCCUUGAAAAAGGCAACGGUGCCAGUUCGGUCUUUAACCCCAGCGUCUUGCACUACCAGCAGGCUCUGACUGGUGCCCAGUUGCAACAGCACGCCGCCUUUAUCCCAACAGAUAAUUCUGAAAUAAUCAACAGAAACGGAAUGGAAUGCCAAGAAUCUGCAUUGAGAAUAACUAAACAUUGUUACUGUACAUACUAUCCUGUUUCCUCCUCAAUAGAAUUGCCACAAACUGCAUGCUAAAUAAAGAUUUAGUUCUUCUGGACAGACCACAAACUCUAAGAAGCUAGUGCUGCUAUAUCAUAUCUGAGUAUUAAAUAUGGUAUGCUUAGUAUAUUCCAGCCUAAGAUAGUUAACUACCUGAUACCAGCUGUGAUGUUUAAAGACAUAAAGGGUAAAGUUUACUUUCAAAGAGUUUCUCAACAUAGUUUCUGUCCUAGGAAUAUUGUCUUAUCUCCAUAACUAUAGCUGAUGCACAAAGUCCAACCAAUUUAUUCAUUUCGACUCAGACGAUCUCAAAUUUAGCAAUAAACAAGUAGCAUUAGUUAAAGCACCUAUUCCAAGGACAAUUUUCAAUUCUUACUUCCAAUUACUGUCAUUUUCAGUUACCCACUGGUCAAAAAAGGGGGAUGUUUCACUUCUUGACAAAGAUGAAUGCUGCAGCAAAGACAAGAAGUGAAGUAAAACUGCUUACCUGUCCUGCAGGUCUAAAAUUUGAAUGGAAAUUCAAGCACAAGUACUGGGGACACAUCCAAGUGUGGUAUUUGGUUUGCCUGGAGAUGCCGAGUUGAAUCGUGUGAUUCUAAGAGUAACAUUAAAUAGAUUGAAAAAGAAACUUUGCACGGUAUGAUCUUCAUACCCCACCAAACAAAGUCUUGAAGGUAUUAUUUUACAAGUAUAUUUUUAAAGUUGUUUUAUAAGAGAGACUUUGUAGAAGUGCCUAGAUUUUGCCAGACUUCAUCCAGCUAGACAAGACAGAGAGGCCCAUGCCAACAGUCUAAUCUAUGGGAUCGGUCUUUCAGACUCACCAUCCGGUUGCCUAUUACAGAAUAACUCUUCUAAACUAAAAACUUAGUCAAACAAGGAAGCUGUAGGUGAGGAGAUCUGUAUAAUAUUCUAAUUUAAGUAAAUUUGAGUUUAGUCACUGAAAAUUGGACUGUGACUUUAAUCUAAAUUACUAUGUAAGCAAAAAGUAGAUAGUUUCACUUAAAAAAAUCCAUUUUUGUUUUGCAUUUCAAAAGUUGGAUUAAAGGGUUGUAACUGACUACAGCAUGGAAAAAAAAUAGUUCUUUUAAUUCUUUCACCUUAAAGCAUAUUUUAUGUCUCAAAAGUAUAAAAAACUUUAAUACGAGUACAUACAUAUUAUAUAUACACAUACAUAUAUAUAUACUAUAUAUGGAUGAAACAUAUUUUAAUGUUGUUUACUUUUUUAAAUACUUGGUUGAUCUUCAAGGUAAUAGCGAUACAAUUAAAUUUUGUUUCGAAAGUUUGUUUUAAAGUUUAUUUUAAGCACUAUCGUACCAAAUAUUUCAUAUUUCACAUUUUAUAUGUUGCACAUAUCCUCUACAGUAACUACGUAGUUUUUAAAUUAUUGUUUAAAAAGCAAGACCGCUGUUAUAAAUUAAUAUUAUGUGUAAUUGUUUAAAACAUCCAUUUCCUUUGUGAACAUAUUAGUGAUUGAAGUAUUUUGACUUUUGAGAUUGAAUGUAAAAUAUUUUAAAUUUUGGCAUCACCGCCUGUUAUAAAAACUAGAUGCACCAACCAUAUCACUCUUUGUUUAAGAAAAAGGAAAUCUGUCCUUUUAAUUCUUGUUGGUCCAAGUCUAAUUGCUAUCUAUUUAUCAUAUGUCAUAGAAUUUGAUUACCCGCUCAAAAGAAAAUAACAUUCUAAGUGUAAUCUUUCAUAGUGCUUGUAUUGUUGCAUAUGUUUUAAUUUGAGGAAGAGUAUUGUAUCUAACUUGUAUUACUUUGGUAGUUUCAUCUUUAUGUAUUAUUGAUAUUUGUAAUUUUCUCAACUAUAGCAAUGUAGUUAUGCUACAACUUGCCUAAAGCAUUCUUUUUUUUCUUGUUUUCUUUGUUAAUACCUAUCAUUUAAACUCAUUGAAAACAUAGUAUACAUUAUUAAAAGGUAAAUUGUGGGAAUCACUGAGAUAUUUUUGUAGACUAAUUGUUAUAACAUUGUCUUUCCUUUUUUUUAUGUUUUGUGAUUUUUACUUCAAAAUUUAUUAGCACACAACUAUUUCCAGCCCUUUAAUAAUGGGGCAUCAACAGCAUCACCUGUAUCCCCAAGCAAAUAGAGAAGACUGUAUUUUUACUAUGAUAUCCACUUUCCAGAAUUGUGAUUAUAAUAUGCAAAGAGUCGUAAAUAUGCCAUUUACAAUAAGGAGGAGGCAAGGCAAAUACAUAGAUGUACAAAUAUAUGUACAACAGAUUUUGCUUUUUAUUUAUUUAUAAUGUAAUUUUAUAGAAUAAUUCUGGGAUUUGAGAGGAUCUAAAACUAUUUUUCUGUAUAAAUAUUAUUUGCCAAAAAGUUUGUUUAUAUUCAGAAGCCUGACUAUGAUGAAUAAAUCUUAAAUGCUUUGUUUAAUUACAAAAACAAAACCACCAAUAUCCAAGACACAAAGAUAUCAAUUCAGUAAAUACUGUCGUUAAGAGACUAAUCGCCACUUGUACGGGAGCUGCAUUUCACUCUUGGUUUUCAGGACAUAACAGCACUUCACCAAAAUAUGCUUUCAGCCAUAUCACUGGUAACAUUUCUACUAAAUCUUUCUGUAACACUUAAAGAAUUCCCUCAUCCAUUACCUUACAGUGUCAGCAGGAGUCUAAUUUGUAUCAAUUCUAUGUUUUGGUUGUAAUAUUCAGUUCACUCACCCAAUGUGCAACCAAUGAAAUAAAAGAAGCAUUUAAAA